UUACUAUUAUUACCUUUCAAAUGUCUAAUAUUUUAUUUUCUGUCGUAAUACAGGGCUGGAUUGAGUGGCUGACUGGGCGGCGGCCAAAGCAAAACAAUGACCACGGUGGUGAACUUCAGUGUAUGCUGCCAGGGCCGGACUGCGCCAAUGUGGGAGAAAUAUGUCUGCUCGCUGAAAGCCCGUAUCGUAUCCUGAGGGCGGCAGAAAGCGGCAAUGUGGAAGAUUUUAUGAGACUAUAUCUCAACGACCCGUCGCGACUCAGCCUCCGCGAUCCUCGUGGUCGCACCGCCGCGCACCAGGCCGCCGCCAAGAACAAUGCAAACAUCUUACACUUCAUAAACAACUACGGUGGUGACUUGGGGUCUCGUGACAACGCUGGUAACACACCACUUCACGUGGCUGUGGAAAACGAAGCCCUCGAUGCCAUCGAAUUUCUACUUCAACAAAAAGUAAAUACUGGUGUAUUGAAUGAAAAAUCCCAGGCACCAAUUCAUCUCGCAACCGAAUUGAAUAAGGUCUCUGUUUUGGAAUUAUUUGCGAAAUACAAAGACGUGAUCAAUGUGGACCUCGGCGGGGAACACGGUCGUACGGCGCUACACUUCGCUGCCAUCCACGAUCAUGACCAGUGCGCCAGGAUUUUGAUAUCAGACCUCGGCGCGAAUUCGAAGCGUUCUUGCAACAACGGCUAUUACCCGAUCCAUGAGGCCGCGAAGAAUGCGUCAUCUAGGACAAUGGAGGUAUUCCUGCAAUGGGGCGAGUCUAACGGAUGCAGCAGAGAGUCUAUCAUAUCACUAUAUGAUAGCGAGGGUAAUGUACCAUUGCAUUCCGCCGUGCAUGGUGGUGACAUCAAAGCUGUGGAGCUCUGUCUUAGGUCAGGAGCUAAGAUUUCUACGCAACAACACGAUCUAUCGACCCCAGUGCAUCUUGCUUGCGCGCAGGGCGCCUUAGAAAUCAUUCGAUUGAUGUUUGAAAUGCAGCCAAAAGAGAAAAAAGCCUGUCUCAUUUCGUGCGAUGUGCAAAUGAUGACACCUAUUCAUUGCGCCGCUAUGUUUGAUCAUCCUGAUAUCGUGAGCUACUUAAUAUCUGAAGGCUCAGAUAUAAAUCCCUUGGACAAGGAGAGGCGAUCACCCUUAUUGCUAGCUGCUUCUAGGGCUGGCUGGAGAACAGUUCACACUUUGAUCCGCUUGGGAGCUGACAUUAAGCUAAAAGAUAUGAAUUCAAGGAAUUUAUUACAUCUUGUCGUGCUUAACGGCGGACGGCUCGAGGAUUUUGCUGCUAGCUGCAAGGACCAUUGUGAACAGGGCCUGAUAGAAAUGCUAAACGAAAGGGACAAUACCGGCUGCUCUCCGCUGCACUAUGCCAGCCGAGAGGGUCACAUUAGAUCUUCAGAAAAUCUCAUCAGACUUGGUGCUAGCAUUAACCCUAAAAAUAACAAGAAUGAGAGCCCGCUUCAUUUCGCUGCAAGAUAUGGACGUUUCCACACAGCCUGUCGUCUUCUCGAUUCAGACAAAGGCACCUGCAUUAUGAACGAGAACGAUGGAGAAGGUUUGACACCACUGCACAUUUCCUCCCGGGAGGGUCAUACUAAAGUGGUACAGUUGCUUUUGAACCGUGGUGCACUGAUCCAUAGAGACCAUAACGGUCGUAACCCACUGCACCUAGCUGCUAUGAGCGGAUACACGCAAACUAUUGAAUUAUUACAUUCAGUACAUUCACACCUGUUAAACCAGAGUGACAAAGAUGGAAAUACUCCACUACAUCUGGCUACAAUGGAAAAUAGACCAAAUUCAAUUGCAUUGUUACUUUCCAUGGGAUGUAACCUUACCUACAACAAUCUUGACAUGAGCGCCAUUGAUUAUGCCAUUUAUUACAAGUUCCCGGAAGCAGCUCUUGCUAUGGUUACUCACGAACAAAGGGCUAAAGAAGUAAUGGCGUUACGUUCCGAUCGUCAUCCCUGUGUCACACUUGCUCUGAUAGCUUAUAUGCCUAGAGUUUUCGAAGCAGUGCAAGAUAAAUGUAUCACUAAAGCUAACUGCAAGAAAGACUCAAAGAGCUUCUACAUCAAAUACAACUUUGAUGCGCUAUGCCCUCAAGUAAAUUACGAAGAAGGACCAAGAAACAGAAAAUCUGAUAAUGUUCCAAAGUCACAAGAAAUUCCAUUACCAGCUCUUAAUGCAAUGGUAGCUCAUGGUCGAGUGGAGCUACUAGCUCAUCCACUAAGCCAAAAGUACUUGCAAAUGAAAUGGAACUCCUAUGGAAAGUAUUUCCACGUAGCUAAUCUGCUCUUCUAUUGCAUCUUCUUAUCAAUUGUUACACUUUACACGUACCUUCUCAUGGAAAGCGUACCGAAUACAGUUCUCUCAAAUAAUUCCACCAACGCAUGUACUUCGUGGAGUAGUGAUUUUAAUUCCGCCAAUACGUCUGGACGUGACAAUUUAAAUUUUCAAAGGACAAUUGCUAUGGAUAUCAGUACAGUUGCUAUUUUAGUAUACAACAGUAUAUGCGUGGUUCGUGAGGCUUAUAAUGUGAAGCAACAGAAAUGGCAUUACUUAGUAGAUCCUUCGAACUUGGUAUCUUGGAUUUUAUACAUCAGUUCCACUAUGACGGUCUUUCCUUGGGUUUUUACCAGCAAUUGUAGCAUUCAGUAUUCAGCUGCAUCUAUUACAAUAUUUUUGGCAUGGUUUGAACUUCUUCUGCUCCUUCAACGUUUUGAUCAAGUCGGCAUCUACGUGGUGAUGUUCUUAGAAAUUUUGCAGACCCUAAUAAAAGUAUUGAUGGUCUUUUCAAUUCUGAUCAUGGCUUUUGGGUUAGCUUUCUAUAUAUUAUUGUCUAAGGGUAAUCAUUUGUCUUUUAGCACUAUUUCCAUGUCAAUAAUGAGAACAUUCGCAAUGAUGCUCGGUGAACUGGACUUUCUCGGCACCUACGUACACACUUACUACAGAUCUGACUCCGACGCCAGUUUGCCAUUCCCAAUGGCAACUUUCUUUAUCUUAGGCUUAUUCAUGGUCCUAAUGCCGAUUCUCCUAAUGAAUCUUCUCAUUGGUUUGGCUGUUGGCGAUAUUGAAAGUGUUCGUAGGAAUGCCCAACUGAAGCGCUUGGCUAUGCAAGUCGUUUUACAUACUGAAUUAGAACGGAAAUUACCAGCAAUGCUUUUGGAAAAAGUAGACAAAAGUGAACUAAUCGAAUAUCCCAACUCAAAUAAAUGUAAAUUAGGAUUCUUGGAUCUAAUACUGAGGAAAUGGUUCUGCAACCCGUUUACUGAUGACAAUGGUCUAGAUCUCGUAUUGGAAAAUAAAGAGGACAUCAUCACAUCAGAGUUAAUAAAACAAAAACACGAAAUAAGGAACAUGAACAGAAUAAUAAAUCAACAAUAUAUGUUGAUUAGACUUAUCGUGCAGAAAAUGGAGAUCAGAACUGAAGCUGAUGAUGUGGACGAAGGUGUAUCUGCAAAUGAGAUCCGCGUGGUGCCGAGAUGGAGUUCACCAAGGCUGCGAAACAAUCUGCGUCCUGCAUCCUCUUUUAAUAGGGGUGGCUGAUCUUAUAACCCAUUUAUCGCGAAUCAAAAGUAUUGCAAAUGUGCGCGA